AUGCAAUUAAUUGAACAAGCUCAAUCAUUGCUAAAUUUUGAUGGUCAAACAACCUUUGACGUGGGUAUUCUUGAUGCAGUCAUCAGUACGAUGCAUCAUGGACAGGGCGAUGCUCAAAAACAAGCGAGCGAAGUAUUGAAUGUCCUACGUGACCAUCCCGACGCCUGGACAAAAGUUGAUUGUAUUCUGGAAUGUUCAAAAUGUAAAGAAACGAAAUAUUAUGCUUUGCAAAUUCUCGAAAGAGCAAUUCAAACACGAUGGAAAGUUUUACCUAAAGAGCAAUGCGAAGCUAUUAAACAAUUUAUCGUCGGCAUGAUCAUAUCUUAUUCGCAAAAUCCCGCGUUGAUGGAAACCGAAAAGGUUUAUUUAAAUAAAUUGAAUGUUGUUCUUGUUCAAAUCUUGAAACAUGAGUGGCCGAAGAAGUGGCCGAAUUUCAUCAGCGACAUCGUUGAAGCAAGUAAAACCAGCGAAUCGAUGUGUCAAAAUAAUUUGGAGAUUCUGAAACUUCUCAGUGAGGAAGUUUUCGACUUUUCAUCGGGUCAAAUGACUCAGGCAAAAGCAAAACAUCUGAAAGAUACAAUGUGUAGCGAAUUUACGAAAAUCUUUCAACUUUGCGAAUAUGUUGUGGAGAAAUCUCGUCAUCCACCAUUACUUUUGGUCACAUUGGAAACAUUAUUACGAUUCCUUAGCUGGAUUCCGCUUGGUUAUAUCUUUGAAACCAAUAUGGUCAAUACACUCAUCGACAUAUUUCUCACUGUUCCAAUGUUUCGCAAUGUAACACUUCGUUGUUUAACUGAAAUUGCGAGUAUUCAAGUUUCUCAAUACGAAGAUAAGUUUAUCGAAUUCUUCCAUCGAACUAUGGUUCAAUUGAAAACAAUACUGCCAUUGACAAUCGAUUUAAAAACUGUUUAUCGUACAGCGAAAGAUGAGGAUCAAAAUUUCAUUCAAAAUUUAGCUUUGUUCCUCUCGAGCUUUCUUAAAGAGCACGGCUUAUUAAUUGAACGUUCAAAUGAUUAUAAACAAACGUUAAUCGAAGCACUCCAAUAUCUUGUUUUAAUAUCCGAAGUCGAAGAAAUCGAAAUCUUCAAAAUUUGUUUGGAAUAUUGGAAUAUCUUAAGUGCUGAACUCUACCGAGACGUUCCAUUUCAACGUACGGCGUCGUCAUAUCUUGGCAGAAGUGGUGAUAACACUCGUCAACAAUUCUAUGCUGUUAUUCUUUCGAAAGUUCGACGAAUAAUGAUAUCGCGUAUGGCUCGUCCAGAAGAAGUUUUAGUUGUUGAAAACGAACGUGGCGAAGUUGUACGAGAAUUUAUGAAAGAUACCGAUGCGAUUAAUCUCUACAAAAACAUGCGUGAAACAUUGGUUUAUUUAACACAUUUGGACUAUGUCGAUACUGAAUCGAUUAUGACGGAAAAAUUAGCAAAUCAAGUCAAUGGAACAGAAUGGUCAUGGAAAAAUUUAAAUACACUUUGUUGGGCGAUCGGUUCGAUUUCAGGUUCUAUGGUCGAAGAUGACGAAAAACGUUUUCUCGUCACUGUUAUCAAAGAGUUACUUGGUCUGUGUGAACAAAAACGUGGAAAGGAUAACAAGGCUAUUAUUGCUUCGAAUAUCAUGUACGUUGUCGGACAAUAUCCACGUUUUCUCCGUGCACAUUGGAAAUUUCUCAAAACAGUCGUCAAUAAGCUAUUCGAAUUCAUGCAUGAAACGCACGAAGGUGUACAAGAUAUGGCAUGCGAUACAUUCAUCAAAAUCGCUCAGAAAUGUCGUCGACACUUUGUCGUCACUCAACUAGGCGAAUCCCAACCAUUUGUUGAUGAAAUUCUACAGAAUAUUAAUGGAAUUAUUUGCCAUUUGGAACCACAUCAAGUUCAUACGUUCUACGAAGCUGUGGGAAAUAUGAUUGCUGCAUGUAGUGACAUAGUUCAACAGACAAAAUUCAUCGAAAGAUAUAUGCAGUUACCUAAUGGCACAUGGAAUUCUAUAAUUAACGAAGCAAAACGAUCGGUGGAUUCUUUGAAAGAUCCGGAAACUGUGAGCAGUAUACUAAACGUUCUCAAAAUCAACAUUCGAGCAUCGAAAGCCUUGGGCGCUCCCUACGUCCAUCAACUAAUCAAAGUUUAUCAAGAUAUGUUACAUGUCUAUAAAGUCACAUCAGAAAAUAUCAAUCAGGCUAUACACAUCAAUGGUUCGAUAGUAGUUAAACAACGUUUAAUCAAAUCGAUGAUGACAAUAAAAGAAGAUACAUUGAUUUUAAUCGGAAAUUAUUUUUCCAAAUUGACAAGCUCUCAGCAAAUUCGCGAGCAGUUUUUAAAUCCGCUGUUUCCAUUUGUUUUAACUGACUAUCGUGAUUGUCAUCCAGACGCACGAGAAGCUGAAGUUUUGAACAUGUUGGCAACCUUAAUAGCGAAAGCUGAACUCACUAUAGCAAAUCGUAUACCGGAAAUAUUCGAUUUAACAUUCGAACAUACACUUCAUAUGAUUGACAAAAAUUUCGAAGAUUAUCCCGAUCAUCGGAAGAAUUUCUACGUUUUUCUGCAAUCAGUAAUAAAUUCUUGUUUUCCUGCACUGUUGGCAUUGAGUCCUACUCAAUUCAAACUCGUCUAUGAUUCGAUUAUGUGGGCAUUGAAACAUACAAUGAGAACUAUUUCAGAAUUGGGCUUGGAAAUUCUUCAAAUAAUGUUAAGAAAGUUUCUGACUUGUGAUCCACAAGCUGCACAAACGUUCUAUCAAGUUUACUAUCUGGAAACCAUGCAACACAUUUUUGCUGUUGUCUCUGAACGAUCACAUACGUCAGGUUUAACCGCGCAUUCGCAAAUUUUAGCGAAUCUGUUUUUAAUUGCUGAACAAGCUUUGAUUAAAGUUCCAUUAGCACCGGAAAUUCAAGAUCCAGCACAAAACUUACUUUACGUUCAACAAUUCAUGGCAAAUUUAUUGAAAACAGCUUUCCCACAUUUACAAGACGAGCAAAUCAAAGUCAUUAUCGAAGGUUUUGUUACAUUGGAUCAAGAUAUAGCUGGUUUCAAAGAACAUCUACGUGAUUUUCUCGUACAAAUACGCGAGGCAACUGGUAGUGACACUGCCGACUUGUAUUUAGAAGAUCGUGAACAAGCAUUAAAACGUGCAGCAGAGGAAAAACGUCACAUACAAAUGAGUGUUCCCGGUAUUCUUAAUCCUCACGAAAUACCUGAGGAUAUGCAAGAUUAG